AAUCAUAGAAAUCACUCUUCCUUUUAAGUGGUCUAUUUAACAAACCAAUUCCAUUGAUGACCCUUUAACUUGCCUCUUCAAUUUGUAAAAUUGGAGCAAGUCAUGGAGAAGAGAAAAGGAGAUAAAAGUGAAGAAAGUAAUGAAGAAAAAUGGGUGUAUGAUGGUUCUUUUGAUUAUAAAGGAAGAGUUCCUCUUCGUGCUUCCACUGGUGCAUGGAAAGCUUCUUUCUUUGUCAUCAUGGUUGAAAUUAGUGAAAGGAUGAGCCACUAUGGACUAACCAUGAACCUUAUCACAUACCUGACUGAAGUGAUUCAUGAAGAUCUCAAAACAGCUGCUAAAAAUGUAAACACCUGGAUAGGAGUAACAACUUUAAUGCCUCUGGUAGGAGGAUUUAUUGCUGAUGCAUAUACUGGUCGAUUUCAUAUGGUCCAAUUGUCAUCCGUAAUUUAUCUGACGGGGUUAUGUGUGUUGACAAUGACUCAAUACAUCCCAAGUUUGAAGUCAUGCCACACAGAGAAAUGUCAUCGGCCUAGGAAAAUUCAUGAAGUGGUUUUCUUUCUCGCGCUUUACUGUAAAUCUUUCGGAACUGGAGGAUACAGACCAUGCUUACAAAGCUUUGGAGCGGAUCAAUUUGAUGAUGGUCAUCUGAAAGAAAUGAAGAAGAAGCUGUCUUUCUUCAACUGGUGGAACUUUGGAUUGUGCUUUGCAGUGCUGAUUAGUUCCACAGUGAUUGUAUAUGUUCAAGACUUUGUCAACUGGGGAGUUGCUACUCUAAUACUUACAGCUUUUAUGGCUAUUGCUGUCAUAACUUUCUGUGUAGGUAAGCCCUUGUAUAGAUACCGGAAGCCGGAAGGAAACCCUCUACUGCCAAUUUUACAGGUCCUUGUUGCAGCCAUAAGAAAAAGGGAUUUAUGUUGUCCUUCAAAUCCUGCUUUAUUGUAUGAGCUUCAAAUUUCAGACCAUUCUCAAGGAAGGCUUCUAAGCCAUACUAGCAGAUUCAGGUUUCUAGACAAGGCUGCGAUAAUCGAAGAGAAAUAUGGUGAGCAGGAAGUGAAUCCAUGGAGAUUAACGACAGUGACAAGAGUGGAGGAGACAAAGCUUGUCUUGAACAUAGUUCCCAUAUGGCUAACGUUAUUAGCAAGUGGGGCAUGUGCAGCACAAGGCUCAACUUUUUAUGUCAAACAAGCAGCUGCUACAGAUUUAAACAUAGGCAACGGUUUCGAAAUACCGCCAGCUUCCCUGAACGCUAUUUCUGCCAUUGGUACCUUAAUAGGCAUCCCGAUUUACGAUAAGAUUUUUGUUCCAAUUAUGAGGAAAAUCACUGGCAAUGAAAGAGGCAUCAGUAUCCUUAGCAGGAUAAACAUCGGCUUGACACUCUCAGCCAUUAUUAUGGUUCUUUCAGCCUUAGUAGAAGUUAAGAGACUUAGAAUGCUUGAGAAUGAAAUCUUGAGAACAGGGGAAACAGGGCAAGUAACUAUGAGUGUGUACUGGUUGUUACCACAAAACUUACUUGCAGGCUUUGCGGAUGCAUUUCUUAUGGUUGGUAUACAAGAGUAUUUCUACGACGAAGUUCCUGAUUCAAUGAGAAGCUUGGGAUUGGCCUUGUAUUUUAGUGUGUUUGGAAUUGGAAACUUCUUAAGCAACUUUAUAAUCGUCGUUGUCGACCAUGUCACGGCAAAGAGUGGCAAAAGUUGGAUUGGGAAGGAUAUAAAUUCGAGUCGUUUGGAUAACUUUUAUUGGAUGUUGGCAGCUAUUAGUUCUUUGAAUGUGUGCGUGUUUCUCGUCAUAUCAAAGAGGUAUACUUAUAAGACCGUACAGAGGAGAACUACGGAAACUAAUGGUUACAAAAGCGAUGAUGAGAGCAUGAAGGAAGCUACUAAGGUCUAGUCCUCUACUAUUUCUUCAUGUGAAUGAAACCUAUGAUUCAUAAUAUUUAUAAGGAUUUAAAAAUAUGCAUACUACAAGUGUAAAUAUAUUACAAUAUUAUUUAGUGUUAUGUGAUUGCAUUAUUCUUGUUUUGUUAA